CACAAAAGUUAGGUUAAACAAAUGUUCUCUCUAGGGUUUGGCUUCCUAGCCGUCUCUAGUGUAAUAUCAGUUUUCCCGUCUCUUCCGUCUCAGCGUAGCAGCGCUUGCGAAGCAGGGACGAAGAACGUGGCAGUGGGGCGCGGAUUCAAGGGCUGGUUUCGGAAACACAGAAGCAGGGGAUCAAUCGAAGCGGCUUCGACUCUAGCAUCAAUCGGUGGGCUUGCGGCAGAGCUAGGGGCAGCAGGCGGAUUACAACUGAUGGAGGAAGUGCUGGACCAAUAUAAGAGGUUGGCUGUAGGAGUGAAGAACAAUAAUCUCUACAGAGGAGACUUGAUAGAGAACAGGAUGAAUAAGAGGCAAGGUAAAGACGUAAAGUAGACGCUACAGUAUUGUUGGAGCGUCCCCCUCCUGAACCGCCGCCAUGGAGUGCAGAAGAGUCUAGGGUUUGGAAGCAUCUUUUUUAUUUUACUUUUUUCUUGCGAUUUAUUUUUCAAGAUCUUUCUGUUGGUUAUUUUUAUUAUUGUAAGACUCUUGCAUUAGGUUUGGGGGAUGAGAGUUCUGCAGUAACCAUUA